GUUCCAGGCUCUCAAAAGAAGGCUUUUGUCUCACUUUCAGGGCAGCUGCAAAAAUGGCCAGCCCCCAACAUAGCGGGCACAAAAGAGCCUUUCAGCAGGAAAGGACACAAAGUCCAGAUGCCAGGCCAUCAUGCUUCAAAACUAUCAUGAAGCAGAAUUCGUACACCUCCAAUUGGGUGAGCUCUUCCACCUCUUCAAUGCGACUUCCAGAAAGGCAUGCUUCCAAGGCUGGCUAGGUCUUAUAAAGCCCCACAGAUGAAAAGUGGGACAAGUGUGUGUCCAGACCAUAUCAGCAUAUGGUCAAGGUGGUAAGAAUUAUUCAUGAAGAACACCACUCAAGCUGGGAGGGGCUGCAGAGUGGCCUCUUCUCAGGAGAGAAGGAGUUAAAGACUCAAUCCCGGUCUCCUUGUGAUGAAUAUUUAACAGCAGCCAGCGCACGGUCUGGAGCUUUGGAUUCUCCUCCGCUUGUCUUGACAGCAGUGGCUGGCUUGAAAAGCCUCCUCUGGUCAGAGGAAGGAGGAGGAGGAGGAGGAGGAGGAAGCAGCGGGCGAUGGGGCAUCUCUGCCUCCCAAUGUAGGCAGGGGCAAACCCUCCUUGGUGGAUCUUCAGAGAAAUCUGGGGUGUGCUGAACUGUCCCUGAUCCAUCCGGUGACCAUGAGGAUCCCGCUUCUUCUUGGGAUAACUUUUGCCUCCUUGCCGUUGGUCCUCCAAGCAGGACCUUCACACUGGAAAGAAAUCAUGCCAACCUGUGGAGGAGAGAACCAGUCACCCAUUAAUAUUGACCGAUGGAAAGCCCAGUGGGACAAGGACCUCGAUGAGAUCUUGUUUGAAGGGUAUGACCAAGCCCCACCCGGCAGGUGGAGAUUGCUGAAUGAUGGACACACAGUUGUCCUAAACCUGGAUGGGGCCUCUGCUGCAGAACAAAUUAACAUCACCAGAGGAGGACUUCAUGACACGUACCGGGCCUUGCAGUUCCACUUCCAUUGGGGGGAUCUCAACCGAAAUGGAUCAGAACAUACCUUUGAUGGGAUACAGUACCCCAUGGAGCUGCACAUUGUCCACAUAAACGCCAAGUACAAAACUCUCAGUGAAGCCAAAGGACACCCCAAUGGACUCGCAGUCCUGGGCUUCUUAUUUAAGGUAUCUGAUGCAGAUAAUACUAAUUACAACACAAUUGUAGCAGGUCUGAAAAACAUUUCUCAAGCAGGAUUCUUCCCUGGUUUGAUAAUAGUUAUUAUUUCUACUUCCCGCCAAGACUCAGACAGUUAUGUCGAAUUGGCCUCCACGUUUUCUUUGAGCAACCUCCUGCCUGACAUGGCCUUACUCUCCAAAUACUACCGCUACAAGGGUUCCCUCACCACUCCGACCUGUGAUGAAGUGGUCACCUGGACUGUGUUUGAAGAACCAAUCCCACUCAGCAAAUCACAGAUAAAUGCCUUUAUAAAAACCCUUUACUUCAAAAAGUUGGAUACAACAUCUCGAAUGAUCAACAAUUUCCGUCCUGUCCAGCCUCUUCGCAGCCGCAAAGUCUUUGCCUCCAGAGAUGCUACCAUCAGCUGUUGCUCUCCACUCGCUCCCAGUUUCUUUGUUCCUCUGUUCUUGUAUGUUUUGGCUGGUCUGUUCUCAGGCCCCUCCUAACUAUCUCUAUGGACAAUUGAAAUCCAACACAAUUAAUUGAUCCUUCAUGGCAUCUUCAUAACCUAUGCUUCUUCUCUGUGAUUCUUUUUAAGUCAUUGGCUUGGGUAAAGUCUCAAUCCCAUAGAGCCCCUGAAAACAGUAUGACUUCCAAAAGCCACAAUGUCCAUCUCUCUUUGAUUUCAAGGGGUCUACUCAAAACCUGAUUGAAUCUGGGUCUCACCUACAGAAUGGCAUGAUCCGUGAACUGGAAGCAAACUGAUCGUGGGGAGGAUACAAUGUCUAAUUGCUCUCUUUCAUUGAUGUCCAAAGACUUGCUUUCAUACCCCUAAGACCCAGCUGUGCUUAGUGUAUGAUUAGUCAAUAGGUUUGCUGGAAUCAAAAGAACCCCAUUCCGCUGAUGUACCAUGCUGGGACAGAUGUGGGAUGAAGGGUGUGCACAUUUUUCAACAUGGCUGGUUCUUGGGAUGUGUGGGGAACAUAUGGGGACCGGGUGUAUCCAAGCACCUUUCCAUCAGAAUGUGAAGCAAAUGCUACAGUGGUGUAAACUGACACAAAUAAUGAAUAAAUUCAGAGUUCUUAAUUUUUCCAUAA